UUAUUGUAGCUUUGUAUUACAGGGAACCACCUAGUCAAACUUUAACCCACGUGACUGCAGGAAGUACGUUAAUGAAUGAGCUGAACAAACUUUACUUACUUACAUCACUCCACUGUCAGGGUGUGCUUUUUUUAAAAAAGUGUUAUUCCAGCGCUGUGCCGGUAGAGAGCAGCAAGUGCCCCUUUCUCCUCCUAUUGCCUCAUGUGAUUCUGGUCUGUCACAGCGUUGCACAAGGACUGGAAAACUGGCACACUUUUAUUGAGGAUUGUGGAACACUUGCUAUCAUGUCUAUGUACAGAAAUACCAUCUGGUUUCUGAACGGGAUCCAUCAAUACACAAGGAAGGGAUAUGAGGCGGCAUCUAAAGACUUUGAGCCCCAGGAUCUGAACGUAUCCGUCGUGGGAAGGUCUUUUAUGGUCACUGGAGCCAACAGUGGAAUUGGCAGAGCAACAGCUAUGGCUAUAGCCAAGAAAGGUGGGACUGUCCACAUGGUGUGUAGGAACAGAGAUAAGGCAGAAGAGGCCAGGACAGACAUCGUCAAUGAGUCUGGGAACACGGAGGUAUACAUCCAUAUUGUGGACAUGUCACAGACACGCAAAGUCUGGGAGUUUGCAGAAUCCUUCAGGAAGCAGUAUCCAUCACUGAAUGUGUUGAUAAACAAUGCAGGCUGUAUGGUGCACAAGAGGGAGCUGACCGCUGAGGGACUGGAGAAGAACUUUGCCACCAACACAAUGGGAGUGUAUGUCCUCACCCAGACUCUCAUACCACUUCUACAGAAGAGCCGUGACCCAAGAGUGAUCACUGUGUCCUCGGGAGGCAUGCUGGUCCAGAAACUUAAAGUGAAUGACUUGCAGUCCGAGAAGGGCUACUUUGAUGGUGUUAUGAUCUAUGCGCAGAAUAAGAGACAGCAGGUGGUGCUGACACAACAAUGGGCCAAAGCCAACCCUGUCAUUCACUUCUCUGUCAUGCAUCCAGGCUGGGUAGAUACACCAGCUGUUCGCUCAUCAAUGCCUCAGUUUCACCACAUGAUGGGGGACAGGCUGCGCGGUGUAGAACAAGGAGCCGACACCGUUGUGUGGUUGGCCCUGUCUAGGGUCGCCUCUAGAACAUGCAGCGGGCAAUUCUUUCAAGAUCGUAAACGUGUUCCCGUCCACCUCCCUCUGGCCUGGACUCACAGUUCUGCUGAGGAGAUCCAGAGUUUCAUGACUCAGCUGGAGACUCUGGCCCAAGCCAUUCAGUUACAACCCGAUGUAGAUCUUAAUGGUCCCCUGAGCCCCUCCAGACCUCAGUUUGUCUAGAUUCUGUUACAUCACAUGCCACUGAACCUUUGAAGUGUUAGUAACCACAUGAGCAGUUACUGGAAAAUGCAACACACCUGUCGUAUUUAGUCUUAUGCACCUCCUAACCCUAUAUAUUAAUUAUACAGAUGGUUACAUUUAGUGUCACUUAAAUUGACCUGUGCUGCCAAAUGGACUGUUUGCUCUGAAAAUGCCAUGAAUUUCUGAAUAAAGACUAAGUAACUGGAAGCAUGUGAAAUGUGCCAGUUGUAUA